AUGUCUAGUGAAAUCAUCAACACGGCAUUUUCUGUUUUUCCAGACUUUUUUGAUAAACCCUCCGUAAGUCAGCCAAAAGAAACUACGCCAAGUCAGCCUCCGCAACCAAAGCCGCAGACAUCGUCUAAGAAGGCAGCUGCAGAAGCCUUGCCAGAGGGCUUCUUUGAUGACCCCAUCUUGGAUGCAAAGGCAAGGAAUGUUGAAUACGAAGACCCAAUUGAAGAGGAGUGGGAGAAAUUUAAGAAGGAAAUUGCGGAGGAAACAACGGUGUCCGAAGCUAUCAUGGCCGAAGAUAUAGAGGAAAGCAAAGCAGAGCGCGACAUUGAAGAAAUAGACGAGCAAAUUCACAACUGGCAACGGGUUGAGCAGCUGCAGCAGAGGAAGGAGGAGCUCAUGAAAAAAGAAGUUACCGCUGAGGAAGACAAUCAAGACAACAAAAGCGAUUUGGAAGAUGAAGAGUACGAGGAGUUCCUCAGCUGGCGAGCAAAGGGCGUAUGGAAAGAAUGAUUGCAUUUCAUUUUGUUUUCUCACCGAGUGACUGACGGAUAUCUUGCUCUACUGGUAUCUCCUUCUGAGGAGUUUCAAGAUGUGAUUUAUAUCGAUGCCUCAUGUACUCAUCCUGAAGCUUCCAGCUGCUCCAGC